AUGGAUGGCCAGAAGAGGAAUAGCAAAGAGAUGUAUGAGAAGAUGGACACUUUGUUCAGCAAUCUCAAUACCAAGUAUGAUGCUGUUGCCACUCAUGUGAAGAAACUAGAGACUCAAGUCACUCAAACUAUGGAAGCUGUUAAGAGACAGGAAGCUGAAUCCAAGAAGUCCUUUUGCAACUCAGCCGCCAUAGAAGAAAGAUUUGAAGAUCAAGUUCCAGAAUGGAUGCUUUCAAAACCUACUGUUGAUUGCAUGAUUUGGCCUGAAGAGAAUUUACCCAGAGAGAGAGUCCAAUCGAGCUAG